GCGGUGACCCCUGACCCCGAGGGGCGGGGCUGUGGGGGCGGGGCGCGGGCCGGCGCAGGGCGGGCCGGGCGGGCACGUGACGCGCCGGGGGGGAGGGAGACAGGAGUGGGCGGGGCCCGGUCAGCCCGGGGGGCGGGGCAAGGCCCGGCUCGCGCCCAACGAACGGGGUGUGUGACGUCGCCGCGUCGCUGACUCCGCCCCAACGCCCGGCUCGCGACAGACCCCGCCCCCCCGCACGCCCGCCGCGAACUACGUCAGCGCUCGGGGCGGGGCUGCGCGGGGGCGGGGCGGGGCGGGCGCGAGGCGGAUCGCCCCGCCCCGCCCGCCCCGCGGGCAGAGGGACCAUAGAGGCGGGUCCGCCGGCGGCGCAGAGCGGCCGCGCUCGCGAGUUUCCGGGGAGGGCGGGGCCGGAGUUCGGGACGCGCCGGAAGUGACGAGAGGGGGCGGGGCCCGCGGGAGGUUUGAAUCCCAGAGACGCGGAGCCGCCGCCGCCGCCGCCAGGUGAGACGUGGGGAGUCGCCUACGUCACAGCCGCCGCGGCCGGACCCGCCAUGCAGCGCGGCUCCCCCCCGCGGCCCGGCUCCCGCCGCAAGGCCGCCGCCCCCCCGCGCCGCUCCCCCCGCCGGCCCGAGCCGCCCCCCCCGCGCCGCCGCCGCCCGCCCGGGCUGCGGCGCCGGUACCGGCCCGGGCAGCGGGCGCUGCUGGAGAUCCGCAAAUUCCAGAAGAGCACGAACCUGCUGAUCAGCAAACUGCCCUUCUCCCGCGUGGUGCGGGAGAUCUGCCUGAUGUACACCCGGGGCGUGGACUUUCGCUGGCAGGCCAUGGCCCUGCUGGCCCUGCAGGAGGCAGCGGAGGCGUUCCUGGUGCGGCUGCUGGAGGACUCGUAUCUCUGCUCCAUCCACGCCAAGCGCGUCACCCUCUUCCCCAAGGACAUCCAGCUGGCCCGGCGCAUCCGCGGCAUCCAGGAGGGCCUGGGCUGAGGGGGGCCCCUGAGUCUCCCUGGGCCCCCCGGGGCCCCACUGCAGCCCCCAGGACUUGGGCUGAGGGGGGCUGGACCCGCCCUGCGACCCCCAGCGCAUCGGUGGUGUCCACAACAGGCUGGGCGGAGCAGGAACCAGACCUGGAAUCCUCCCUGGGGCCCCAACCUGUCCCUGAGCCCUCCCCCGCAGCCUCCAUCUCACCCCAAUCCUCCAGGGAGGUUUUAUCUGAGCCCCCCUUCCCUUGCUCUUUUUAAUCCCCUGAUCUCCCCCACAGGGUCCCCCCACUCUGAGCCUGGGGGCAGGGCACCCCAGGAGUCCUGGGCCUACCAGCUCCGGGAGGUGGGGGGCUGCACAGGGUUUUAACCUCUGAUAUUAACUUCUCUCCUGCCCCAGAGCCGACCCCCCCCAACCCCCCGGUGGAGAGAGGGAGGCACAGCGAAGGGGGUGGGGGGUGUCUCACCCCCAGUGGGGCCCCUCUGACUAGCACUUACCCACCAGCCAGGCGCUGUCCCAGGGCCCCAGUACGGGGGGGGAGCCCCCUGGAUCGGGGGGGGCCAGGCCGGUGCCUUGUGUGUAUUGUACAGAGCGGCUGCUGUGAUGUCAAUAAAGUUGGUUUGAACUUG